GGCCAUUUGCAACAAGCCAGAAAGGUCACGGAAUCGGGACACUGGCUACCCAAAUGACGGGUGGGAUGUCCAUUUUACGGAAUGUGGUAUGAUGAUGUAUCGUACCAUGAUAAUCAACGACUAGGGCCUGGUGAAAACAGGCAUGUCAUCGUCAAAUGCAGAAGAGCAAAGUUUUUCUAAAUUGAUGGCAGGUGCAUUGUUAAUGGAUAGUGAUAAUGAUCUCUUAUGUAAUUGGCCAGACGGUGCUACUACAUCUAAUGGAUCUGCCUUUGUUAAAGCAGAGAGAUCGGAUCAUUUUCAAUCGACACCUUCCAUUGAGCCUUGGUCUAUUCAGAAUCAAGUGCCAGACUUUUCAACUCAUAGCAGCUACCCAUAUUUGCCACAAAAUAAUGGAACCUUUCACGCUCAAGUGCCAAAUGGACGAAUGCAUAACAUAUUCGGACCAUCGUAUGAUCUUGAUAGCUUAAAGCCACUGCAUGAUCAGUUCAGACAAAAAUAUGGCAACUACUCUAAUGAAAAAUACCCGGAUUUUAACGUUGCUUUAAAAGCAGAAAUUUGCGAUCGAAAGUGGAAGCCUUGUUCGUUCAAUUCAACCACAGAACUCUAUGAAAAUUUGAGUAAAAGUGUCACUAGUUCAUCAGAUGAAACAUAUUCCCAAAAGUCUUUCAAACAACAUGAAUCUAAACUCACACAACUUGGUAUUCCUAAUCGGCCUGAAGAGCCUUUGAAAAGCAAACUGCCGCCGUUUGAUUUCGGAGAAUCGGACAGCGAUUCUAAAGCAAGCGGAAGUGGGAGUGGCAGUCGACUUGAAGACUGGCCGCCAGGUAAUUCACCACCUACUGUUCCUUUGGAUAUAAAUAUUGACGAAAUGGUAAAUAGUGGUGUAACAGUUGCCGGUUAUAAACCAAGAAAAAUCAUCUCAAAGAGAAAAAAGGCAAACAUACCAUCGGAAUACAAAGACAAUGGAUACUGGGAGAAAAGAAAGAAAAACAACGACUCUGCACGACGAUCACGAGAAGCAAAAAAGGAGAAAGAGCGUAGUUUUUAUAAGAGGGCUCUGGAACUAGAAUAUGAGAACCAUUACUUAAAAGAAAGAGUUCAAUUUUUAGAAGGGAAGAUCGAAACAUUAAUGCAUCAAAACCCUAAUUUAUCAAACGGUGACAGUCAAACUACAUCACUAUGACGAUGUAGAUCAGUGUCGUCUUGUUGUAUUAGCGUUAAAAUAAACGGAAACUUUCCGUCCAUUGGCAGCAAGAAUGGACUGAUUGGUAACAGUUGGUCUUCCUGCACGAGAAAUCCGGUUGGUUUUAUAUUCAUGUUAACUACUUAUAUUGUAUGCAGACAAUCUCACUGAUAAGGAAAAGCAGCAUUUAAUGCCUAUUUGGUUUUUGGGUAAAGACCCGUAAAUCAAAGAUUUAUUCAAAGAGCAGCAAAAUGUGAUACAUUCGUAUUUCUUCCUAGUUGGGCCAGUAUACAUUUUGUAUGUGUGCAUUUUGAUUAUAAGGGAUAAUAUUCAUAAAGAAUUUUUAUAUAGUUGGAACGUUUUUGCUCACCUUUUUUUCUGAUAACUUCAGUGAUAUAAAUAUUAUUUUAGACUUUUUACUUGCAUCCUCUUAAAAUCAAUUCAAGAAAUGAGAACUUUUAAUUUUAAAUUUCCAUAUAUGACUUGGUUAUUUCGAUAAUCUGGAAUCAGCAGUUGUGAUUGGUGUGAAUAAUAAGAAUCUUAAAUGGUCAUUUGACUUUAUGAACUUGGUAUCUUUGAUGAGGUUUUUUUUUUAUGUAAGACACCUGAGGCUUAAGGGUUUUAUAAAACUAUAUGUGUAUCAUAUUUUGCUGUUAUGAACGAACUAAAAUAUAGCAAAGUAACGGUUAAGGUAUGACUUCGAUUGUAUUCAAUGAACAAUUGCCUAUCCUUGUUAUUCAAUCAGUUUUUUUUACAUCAUUUGUUUGGGAUUUUUCAAAUUCUCUCACUUCUAAAAAUUAAAUUGUGUUCAAAACAUGAAGCCAAAGCGCCAAUGAGUGAUUCUACAGCUUUUGGACCAAACAUAUUUACAACCAAGUUGAAAAAUAUACCGUCUGAACCGAUUUCUUUUAGAUACCUGUAUAUUUUAUUUGAAAUCAAUUGCAGACAGCAGUAGUUUUUACUGAUAUUUAAAAUUCAUAAAUUAGAUAUACAUAUAUACAAGAUCAACUGUCUAUCUGACACACGAUGACAAGUAAGCUACAAAAUCUGGGACAAUACAUUUACUUGGCAUAAUAUUUUUCAAAGUUAUCAUAAUUAUUUAACAGCUUCAUGCUUAACUUUCUUAAGCCAAAACUUACAUUUUAUAUAAUUGAAACUCUUCAGAAUAUACUUUUCUCUUACAGAGGCUUUUUUUCUUUUUAUCAAACUCCAUGAGCGCACUAUAAAAUGAUUCGCAUUUAAUAUGUUCUCGACACACUUAUGACACCAACUUUCGGUAGGUUUAAUGGAAAUCAACUACUAGUAUCUUAAACCAAAACUCUAAACUGAUCAAAUAAUUUGUGAUAUCUAGUUCAAAACAUUAGUUUAGUUAACAGUUCUAAAAGUUCACAAUGAACUAAGUUUCAAGUUGAUGCAAGCCCAACUGCAUGGACAGAUACUUUUAAUCAAAACCUUAGCCUGCUGGAUAUGGGACCCAUACUAUCGAUAAGGGACAAAUGUAAUGUCUAACAAACAUAUAUUGACUGAAAUUUGGAUUUUGAUUCAACCUUUGGUAUCUUUGAUUAUAUUUCUGAGUUCACAAAUUUAUGGUACUCUUUGUAUCUACAAACAACGAGAAAGCUGAUCAUGUUGAAAAUGCAAAAAGUUGCUGUAAUGCAAAGUCGACACUAUUCAUUUCAAAGUCACAUAUUUUAUGUGUACAUUUUCUAAUUGAGUAGUGCAUGGCUCCCAAAGAGUUUUUAUUUCAAAUCCAAAGAUCACUUAAAAUAUUUUAUCUUUUUGUUUUGACAGUCAUAAAUAUGUUCUCGCUUCAAAAGUUAGUCUGGGAAUAAAAAGGGACGUCCAAGUUUUCCACACAGUUUAGAGUUUUGCCUUUUAGUUAUCCAUUCAGAAUGGAAGGAUAGUUUUAGAAAUAGAAAAAUAAAUAGUACAAACACCCACCAUUUUCAUUCGAUAAUUGAUCAGUCGUAAUGGAUGACUUACCAAAUAGUAUGUAUUGUUCAUAUACCCCGGAGUAGAUUUUUUUUGUUCCUCAAUUCACAUCAAGUGCAUUUUACAAUAACUAGCAUUCAAUAUGAUGAGUUUAGGAGAGAUCUCUUAUCAACUGGAAGUCAGUGCAUAUUGAUAUGAGGUUCUGAGUGCAUUUAACACUGAAUCACACCCCUAUUGUUCCAUCAUUCAGUUGUAUCACUUUCUGACGAUAUUAUCAGUGUUAAUGUUAAUCACAUGUGUUUUAAACAUAUGAGAAGCGGAUUGAUCGGACCAGUCAAACUAUAUAUAUUAAUGACUUGCUCAAAUGGCAUUCAUGUUGAUGUUGUUUAAAGUAUAUUAUAAAGAUGUUUAGAUUUGUUGAAACUGUUCAUUACUAUGUUAACCAAUUGUAAAUGUGUAAAUAUAGUCAUAUUUUCGAAUGGCUUUGCAUAUUUUUCAGUUGUAGAACUACAUAUAUAUAUAUACAUAUAUAUAAAAACAUAUUGUUAUGUUUCUGUAGGUCAAACCUGGCUUUAAUUUGUCAAAGCUUUUAAAUUAAUUUCGAAUAUUCUUAAUUACUAUUUUUUUUUAAAUUAUGGCGGACAUCAUAUCUUAUUGAAAUUAAAGUGCCAAUGCUCACAUAUAAAUGCAAUUUUAAAGUUCAGCAAUUCGCCCAUUUACAAAAUUAAAUGUAAAAUGUUUUCUUUGUACAUGUAUUGUCAUACUACUAAAUAUAAAUAGAUAUUUGUAUUCAUGAUACAUUUUCUCGGUGUAAACUAUCAAUUUGACUAUAGAAUGUUUUGUUUUGUUUGGUUGUGUAAUGCAAUAUUAUAGAAAGUAUUUAGAUAUUUGAAUUGAAACAUAUAUUGUUACAAAAAUUUCGAUUUGUGCAAUAAUGCUUGUAUUUUGUGAUUUUUUUCAAUUGUAUCAAAUGCAGGUUUUGUCCUCUGUCUUUGUCUAUCAAAUGCAUUAAAUGCAUGAAUAUCUUUUUAUAAUGUAUUCUGUUUUAUGUUCCACUGGAAUUAAAAGUUUGAUACGCUUAUAUUAAUUUGCUAAGAAGAAACGUAUUAUUUAGAUGCAACUUCUUUAUUUGUUGAUAAUCCUAGAUUAUGGUGCUAUUUUGAUUUUUUUUCUGAAAAAAAAUCGAUAUACAGUCAAAGGGGUGUAACUCUGAAUAUUUACUGUAUCUAGAAAGAACCGUGAUAAAAGAAGGGUUACCAACAGUUCUGUGAUGGUGACCGCUGUCCCCUCCACCUACUACUAAUGUUUGAGCAUUGUAAAACAAUGUUACUCAAAUAAUUAUCAUAAUUAAAUAUAUUUCCAAGAAAUUUGCUAUUUAGUUCCAUUAGAAAUAAUAUGAUAUACAUUACUUUUUUUUUGCUGCUAAAGGUGCUUUACAGUUAUUUUCCAUAUAUGAUAUAAUGUGCCAUAUUAUGUUGCAUGAAGUUUU